AAUUACCACGUGUUAUAUGACUUCAUGUCAAUUGUCAUGUCAUUAUUGACAUUGUGUUUGUUGAUUUCAUUUCCUACCCUUUUACUUGUUGAUGUUUUGAGACAAACUUUAAUAUUGUAUAAAUGGAUAAUAUAACCCAUUUAAAUACGCCAGGGUUCAGCGGAGGGCCAAAUUCCUCGAGAUCGACAACAGUACUAAAUACCUGCAUUUGUUGUUUGGCAAUAAAUGUUCCGCUUGUGAAAUUAACAAAUUGUAAACACGUAGAAUUUUUUGAAUAUAUCCUGGAGGUUAAGUUAGAGUACCUAGCAAAUUUUGUCUGCUAUGCAUGUCAUGGCACACUCAGGGAUAUUUACCAGUUCAAGAGACAGGUGGAAGAUAGUCUCUCAAAUCUUAAGAAACAGGUUAAAAACUUAAAUCGGAACAACACGAAACUUUCUAAACUCACACAAGCUGAUAUAGAAAUAUUCCAUACUCAGAACUCAAAGCCCCUUGAAAAAGAAGUCAUCAAAAUAAAAAAUGAAGUUGAAAUUGAACAAGGAUACUCUGAAGAAAAAGUUAGAGGUCCUAUAACACCAUUCUUCUUAAAUCGGAAUCCGGAAAAUGAUAUCCCAUUAUGGACGAUUAGUGAAAAACAUAGAGAUCCUAAUUCUCCAUUCUUCUCAAAUAUGGGUCCGGUUAUUGUCCCAUUACCGCCCAAAGGUCCCAAUAUUUCAUUCUUCUCACAUCCAACCAGGAUCCAGGAUCCCAGCAUUAUCCCAAUACCGAUGAUUCAACAUCCCAAUAUUUCAUAUUUCCCACAUGUGGAUCCACAAUCUCUGGAGAUUGUCCCACCGGUGAUUCAAGAGAGACUUAAAGAUCCUGAUAUUUCAUUCCUCUCAAGGGAUCUGGUGACCGAUGACCCAUUAUGGGUGAGUACAGCGAGACAUAAAGAUCCUAAUACUCCAUUCCUUUUACAUAGGGCUCCGGAGAAUAAUGUCCCAUUACAGGGGAUGACAGAAAGCAAUACUGAUCCUAACAUUUCACACUUCUCACAUAUGAAUCCGGAGAAUAAUGUCAUUAAUGUCCCAUUACAGGGGAUUACAGAAAACAAUACUGAUCCUAACAUUUCACACUUCUCACAUAGUGCUCAGGAGAGUGUCCCAUUACAAGGGAUUACAGUGAACAAUACAGAUCCUAACAUUUCACACUUCUCACAUAGUGCUCAGGAGAGUGUCCCAUUACAAGGGAUUACAGUGAACAAUACAGAUCCUAACAUUUCACACUUCUCACAUAGGGCUCAGGAGAGUGUCCCAUUACAAGAGAUUACAAAAAAAGCUACAGAUCCUAAUACACCCUACUUUCGAAAGAAGUAUCAAGGAAAGAUUAAAUUAGUGGACUUAAAUGAGGAGGAAAUGUGGGAGGAAAGGAGAAAAGACGCGGCGAAAGAGAGGUAUUUGAAAUUGCCGUACAAAUGUGAGAGUUGUAUCCAUGGGUUUUCCCUUCAGCCGCAUUUGGAAGGACAUAUAGAGAGGAAACAUACUGAGACAAGCGGGAGUGUCCCGUGUGCGAUAUGUAAGGUGUUCACCCCCGUGGCACUUUUAGAGGCACACGUGAAACGGCACUAUAGGAGGGUCGACUGUGGCGCGUGCGGGGCGCGCUACAACUCGCAAAAUGCAGCAGAGGCGCACUACGGCAAGAUGCACGAAACUUCACCUAAACACAAGUGCGAGGAAUGUGGACAUACCUCAAAUUCGCUCCGAAAUUUGCGCCGUCAUCGUCAGAAGCACGAGGGCAAAGUGAGCUGCGAGCAUUGUGGGAAAGAAUUCGUCACCAAAAUGGGCCUCAAAGACCACGUCAAGAAAUAUCACAAACCCUCAAACCGCACGCAUACCUGCCCCAAAUGCUCCAAAGUGUACCGGGCGAGUGCCAGCUUCCUAGCUCACUUGAAGACAGCGCACGGGGCCGACGGCGGGGCCUACUGCAGGCCGUGCGACGCGCACUUUAGCACCAAGGGGAGCCUCAGAAUCCACCUGAAGACGAGCAGCAAACAUACCAAUGAGAACGAUAAAAACACCAAGCGGAGCCUCAAAAUCCACCUGAAGACGAGCAGCAAACAUACCAAUGAGAACGAUAAAAAAUUCGUGUGUAGCGAGUGCGACGCGCGCUUCUUCACGGAGUCGAAGCUGAAAGAACACGUCGAGUGGAAACACCUUCACAACGACCGGCAUAAGUGCGACGAGUGCGAUAAAAUAUUUAAAAACAUUGGGUCAAAGAGACUUCACAUAAAACGCGUCCACGAUAAAACUACACUACCCCGUGAUAAGAUAUGCGACCACUGCGGCCGCGCGUUUACGACGAUGGUGAUCCUGACGAACCACAUCCGCACGCACACGGGCGAGCGGCCGCUCAAGUGCGCGCACUGCCCCGCCACCUUCGCGCACUCCGCCGCCCUCUACACUCACAACAAGCUAGUGCAUAAAAAGAAGAAAACGCGGACUUGAGAUAUUAAUAUUAGUCUUACUAGGACAGGUAUAUCUGUAUCUAUAGUUCGUUUUUUUUAGCAUUAGAAAGAACUUGAAAUAAGGUAAGCGAUCUUGACAUGUCUAUUAAUUGAAUUUUUUUAUUUUAUUUUUUUAAUAGUAUUUAAUUUAAAAAUCAGUAACUAUUACUUAUGAAAGCAGAAGAAUAUAAAUGAUCGUAUUAGAUUCAUAAUUGUUACAUAUUUGCCGUAACUUAUUUUUAAAAUGUGUUUUUCAAUUAAAAGACACAUCACGAUUGUUUUUCCUUGUUUCUAAUGCUAAACGAACAAAGACAUGACAAAGUCAGGAUGGCCGUGUCUGAUUUUAGUAUAUUUAUGACAUAUCCUUAGAUCAUUUAGUAACUGGAGACGCCUUGUCUGUCAUUUUCUGUACGAAACAGUCUGCCAAUUUUUGCGGGGGAGGGGCACGUUAAAUGUACGUCUAAUUAUUUAUGUCAUAUAAACGUCAGGCCAUACAAAAGUUUGCACAAUUGUGCAAGGUAUUCGGCAGACGGGUAAGCUCUUAAAGGCGACUCCAGUUAUUAAAUGCUCUAAAAGGACAUAUCUUAUUCAUUUAUCAGUAUUAAGCAAUAAUCAUUACAAUAGAUUAAUACAACGUGGGUACAAAUUAAUUCAAUCAGUAUGUGCUUUGUUAUUUUACUACAGGAUAAAAAUAAAGCGAUUUAUUAAAA